CUUCCAUACACGGAACUCGGAGAGAAGAGGGAAGUUCAGUUUGUGUACAUCGCGGCACGAAAAAGCUGUCCUUCUUGUCUGAACACAUACAACAUGAAUGGAUAAAACGUUAGCUAACUUCUGCCCUGUAAAGAUUUAACUCUGAUAACUGCACGUCUUGUUUACAUCAUGUAACCGCAGUAGAGUGGAGGAAAAUACUGGCAUCCUGUGGUAUGGUGUAGUUGUUGCACCCCAACGUUUUACUUAGGAUCUUGCUUGGAUCUUGCGUACAUUCACUUGUGCAAGAUGUCUCAGCCUCAGCCACUGAUCCAGCUCCAACUAAUGGCAGAGCCCCUGCUGAACGUCCAGGAGAUGCAAUUCUGGCUGGAUAAAGCAGUGACUUGGGGCCAGGCUGACAACUCUGAUACUCAGAAAGACACCUGCCUGCACUUGAGCAGACUGAAGGAUUUCCUCCAGCAACUCCUCACACAUAUUAACAUCAUGAGUUCCACGACAGAGACCAUGAAGAGGCUGACCCUCCUAGGCCAGUUUCUUGGCCGACUUUGCUGGAACCCUUAUGUCACUGCUGAUGCGACAGGCAGAAGGCUGCUGUUCCAGUGUCUUUGGGGACUUUACUCGGAGCAUCCAGGCAAUGCGGUGGAAAGAAAAGCCAACCAGUGGAUACGGAAAGUGCUGUGUCAGCUUGCUACAGAAGAAGACGAUGCUGCAGCGCAGGCAUUAAUGAAGCAAAUGGAUGUACCACCUAAAGAGUAUCAUCUCAAAGUUCUGAGAAAGAUGGUGGAACUGCUGCAGAAAAACAUUGGGAAGAGCUGCCGUUCUUUGGGCAACAUAAAUCAGAGGUGUUCAUGUGACAACAUUCUGGCCACAUCAGUGGCUUGUGUCCCCCUGGUCACUUAUCCCGAGGCUGCUCCUCUCAUUGGUGCCCUGCUGCAGCAGCCAGUGACUUGUGUCAGGGCAGCACUUAGUGAAGACUUCCUGGAUGCUCUGAGCUCUGCCUACUCCAGUCAUUGCUUGUCUUUGGAGGAGCAGGCAGUAGUCUCCCUGUGGUGUCACAACCUGACCAGUCUGGAAAAAGCAGUGCUCAGUCUGCUAGAGUGUGUUCUCACCAAAACAGGGUCAACACCACAGAAGCUAAAGCAGCAACUUGCACAGUCACUGCUGCCUAAAGCCAGUGCUCAACACUGGACCAUAUUCCUGAUUGUAAACGACAUCUUCAGGUCCGUCCUUAAGCAAGCUGAAGGGAACGAGUCUGUUAAGUGUGUUAUCCAAACCUUUACCAACUGUUUCCUUCAGGAACUGGCACUGCUGCAGCAUGAGACACGUGUAUCCCUGAAGGCCUUUUUCCCACAAUCACCUCAGAGUCUGCUGGUUCCUCUCUUGACCCGGCCUUCAGAGAUGCCUCAGGACGUUUGGAGACAUCACCUGAACCGGCUCAGUGGCUCAUUACAGAGACUGACAGAGGAAGAGGAGGAUGGAGACGGAGACGGAGACAGCAGCAGUAGCACCAGAAGGCACCACAGAUUGUUUGAGUCCUGGUUCCUCCUGGUUCAGUGUGCCCACUGGGUGCAGGUGGCCGUCCAGCUGUUGGUGACAUCUGGGCCUGAGGACCGUGGCCCCCUCUUCUGGCUACUGACCUUCUACCACCACCCCACCAACAGGGGCCACCACCGAGCACUACAGCUGGUACGCGCCGAAGAUGCAUGGCACCACCUGCACUCCCUGUUCUUGGCGUCAGCUCGUCCUCUUCCUGGGGCCGUCCUGCAGUCGCUGGUCACUCUCCUGUCACCACAACCUCAGCAGCCGUCCCUGUCUCCGUAUGUGGUCCUCAAGCUCUUAGUCAACUUUGCUGUUUUCUUCCAUCAGCCGCUGAGCGGAUCAACAGAGAUUCUACAGACGGUGGUGGAGCGGUCUGGUCUGGUUGAUGAAGCAGCGUGUGUCCUCAGCUCGCUGGAGCUCAGACUAACCGAAGGAAGCUGCUUAUCAAGCGACGCUAACAGAGUUCAUCGCAGGAUCAAAGCACUUCAAGACACACUCGCACAUGCAUGCAGCAUCGAGGAGCCCUACCGAGAACCAAGCACACACACACACACACACACACACACAAUAAUGCACAGAGCCACACAGCAGUAAGUUCAUCCUUGGUUCAGGGUUUUUUUCAGGACACCUUUGUAGAAUGAGAAAUAGCCAAGCGCAAUGACAGGAUUGUGUCAAAACAGCACAGUGAGGACACAUUAUGUAUAGAAGCUAAAAUUACACACACACACAAACACACAUACACACAUUACAAGGCCCACAAGGACACUUGAGCAGUGACAGAUCACACUGCAGAGAAGCAGCAGCUCAUACGUGUCAGAGUCUUCCCACUCAUAUAAUUGCCUCACAAUAAAAAUCCUUCAUGUUCCACAUACUGACUGAAAGACAUUUAGGUUUGGAAGACAGGGAACUUAACACCGGUUAUCUUUUAAAUACUAUUUGUGUUAGAUAAAAGGUUGAUAUGUUUAUAUGAAAAUCCUCCUGACAGUACUGAGCGUACAAUAAAAUGUAAAUAAUUAAA